GUGUUAUUUGUCAGCACAUAGAGUAAACAGAAGAAGUCGACGGUGUCCGUCGCGGCCUAACCUACUCGACGAUAAAGAGACGCCAUUAAACGAAGAGUUUGAACAGUUAAAGUAGAACAAAUUUGAGGUUGUACGACAAACAUGACGCGUAAAAGAAGUGUUGUUUGGGAUUAUUUCAAUGACGUCUGUCCCGAAUCGGUUGAGUGCCUCCUCUGUAAAAACUUACUGAACAAACACGAACAGGGCAGCACCACGGGAAUGUGGAGACAUCUGCGGGCACAACAUCCAACAGAGGCGGCCAUGGCCGCCAAAAGAGAAAGCCGGGGAACCUCAAUUUCCUCCAACCAUGGACAGCCUCUAGAAAUUGGCGAAGCACAAGUGGAGGUGGAACUGGAGGACGGAAAUGGUGACGUCGCCACCGUGGAUGAUGAUGACAUUGACUCUGCAAUGGAUACCCUCCUUGUAGCUGCUCAAGGAGAAGAGCCUGUCAAAGAAAGGCCAGAAGAGGUAGUAGUGGUUGGAGAGGAACGCCCUUCCAGCGGUAAAUAUCACCGUCGCAGCCUGAUCUGGAAACGUUUUGAGCCUUUGGGCAGUUUGAAUGCUGCUCAAUGUUUGAUUUGCAAGAAGAAGAUAAUGUGCUCUGAGGGCAAGACCAGCAACCUGUACCGACACAUGGCAAAGACUCACCCACAGGUGAAUACACGAUCAGGUCAAGCUGUGAAUGAAGCUGCCGUUCAUUCUGAGUUGAACGGUAUCCUCGAAGCUGUCCAAGGAGAAUCUGCGGGAGCUGGAGUGGCAGAAAAAAAGUGUAAAGAAGAAAAAAUCAUGGUCGAAAAUCCCCUCAGUUUCAGGAGUAAAUGCCACCGCCGUAGUUCGAUCUGGAAACUUUUUGAGCCUUUGGGCAGUUUGGAUGUUGCUCAGUGUUUAAUUUGCAAGAAGAGGAUCAGGUGUCCUGACGGCAAGACCAGCAACAUGCAUCGACACAUGUCAAAGAGCCACCCGCAGGCGUAUCGGCAAGCGGGCAAGGCGCUGAAGCUAACGAAAACAAACUCACCAUCACACAGUUCCAAUGUUCAGCAGGAGACAUGUCCAGUCGAGGCAAUGAAGGGGAAAAUUCCAGAUAUGGUCCAAGUUUCAAAGGAUACUGCAGCAGAGAGGCGCGUUUUCAGAAGAGAGCGGGAGUUGAUCGAAGCUUUGAGGAGGACGCAGAGGGAGGAGGCCAAGGCUCUGGACCAUCAGAGGGAGCUCGUCGAGAGUCUGCGGGCAGUCAAUGCCAGAGAGGCCGCCGUAGAGAAGAAGCAAAUUGAGUCUCUCAGGAGAGCACAGCAGGAAGAAGCUCAAGACUUAAUGAGGCAAAGAGAAGAGCUGGAGAGAGAAAAGACUGAGCAGCAGAAGAGGUGGGAGGAGCUUGAGCAGGAAAAGAAACAAUUGCUCUUGCUUUGCCAAGAACCUGCAGCGCCAACUUUGGUUUCCCACCAACAAUGAUUUUUUAUUUUUCUUUACCUGUGCCAUUGUGUACCAAUGCGAAUGCCUCAGAACAUUAGCAUAAACAUCUCACAAAAAAAAAAAAGUUGGAGUUUUUGGCUCUCUGGUUACAUUCUAAAAUGCAUUAUAAUCUUGACAGGUAAACUUGACCUUCUCAGAAGUGUCAAACUGUUCAGUGUUUUAGCACUUUUCGCACUACUUAGUGAUCUCUAACAAGGGGAUGAACCGCCAAAUAAAAUUCCUGGUUGAAUU